AUGAAAGUUGCUGCGUUUAUCGGCUUUCUCUUGUCAGUAAGUCAGUUUUGUGUCGGAGAACACUUUGACUUGGACAAGUUUAAGGAGGAACUCCUCGAAAAUGCGAAGAUCGCUUCUGAAACACUGAAAAGGCACCCGAUCGAUGACAAGACCGAUGGCGCCCUCCAUGAUGACACCAAACGUGCCGGUCUGGAUUGCACGCAGCAAACGGGAACCUGCGGUGGUACUUACUCCUCGCAAGAUUUAGGCUGUAUAGUGUCUCCUGACUACGGGCAGGGCGGCUACGAUAACGGUCUGGAGUGCGUCUAUAAUAUCAAAGUUUCUGAAGGCAAACGCGUUGAACUGACGAUUCAAGAUUUGGACAUCGAAUCUCAUUCGACCUGUAACUGGGAUCGAAUGGAGAUAGUACCAGGACAAGGAAUCUUCGGCGCCUUGAAGGUUUGCGGUUCGGUGCCACCGCAGGGUACGUUCGUGUCCAUGGCCGAUACGAUGGUCGUGCGACUGAUCAGUGACGCCAGCGUGAACGGGAAAGGCUUUGCGGCCAAGUUUACCGCCAUUAGCAUAAUAUAGUCUAUAGGGAGAAAUCAUGAAAGUUUUGGACGAGAUUCUGAACUCUCGUCAAGAAUAAUGCAACCCCUCUUUUAAACUCAAAUAGAUUCAAGUCUGUAUUGGAGGUCCCAUCUAAUUAUUUGGGCAUCCGACUGUUCCGACAGUGAAACAUAUAGGCUGGGCCUUUUCGAA